AGAUCUCUUUUGAUUAGUGUUGCCAAAAUGAGACGGUGUUUGAUAUAUUGGGUGGGAAAUAGAUAUAGGAGAAAUUGAAAGGGGGAGCAGACAGAAGCAAAAGAUUGGAGUUUGGAGCACCACUGAAGAGUGAAGACCAGAGUAAUCCCAUUCUCACCCCCAACUGUUUAGGCAUCUGGGGGAAUGGAGCUGGCAUGUUCAUUAUGUUCAUCCCUUCGAUUUUCAUCUCACCAAUAUAAUGCUGCUUCUCGCUACAGAAAGUUAUCCGCUUCACCUUCUUGUAAUGCUGCUUCCAGCUACAGAAACUUAUCCGCUUCACCUUCUUGUAAUGCUGCUAACUUGGUGCUCAAAUUUUCCAACAACAAAAAGACUCUUCUGUACAGAAACUACUAUAGGAACACUCCCAUCCAGGCAUGCUCUCAAGUUGGUACUACUGGAUCUGACCCAGUGUUGGAUAAAUUUUCACAAUUUAAAGAUGCCUUUUGGAGAUUUUUGAGGCCCCACACUAUACGUGGGACUGCCCUAGGAUCCCUCUCAUUGGUUACACGAGCGUUAAUUGAGAAUCCAAAUCUAAUCAAGUGGUCAUUAGUAUUGAAAGCCUUUUCUGGUCUUAUUGCACUAAUAUGCGGGAAUGGUUAUAUAGUGGGCAUCAAUCAAAUAUAUGACAUUGGCAUUGACAAGGUGAACAAGCCGUACUUACCCAUAGCUGCCGGAGAUCUUUCAGUUCAGUCUGCAUGGUUCUUGGUGUUAUUGUUCGCUGUUGCUGGCCUUCUUAUUGUUGGGAUGAAUUUUGGCCCCUUCAUUACCUCUCUUUUCUGUCUUGGUCUCUUUCUAGGUACCAUCUAUUCAGUUCCACCAUUUCGGCUGAAGAGAUUUGCUGUCAUAGCAUUCCUAAUAAUUGCAACGGUACGCGGUUUUCUUCUUAAUUAUGGUGUGUAUUAUGCCACAAGGGCUGCUCUGGGACUAAGCUUUGAGUGGAGCUUACCUGUUGCAUUUAUUACUACUUUUGUGACAUUGUUUGCACUAGUCAUUGCCAUCACCAAGGAUCUACCAGAUGUGGAGGGUGACCGCAAGUUUCAGAUAUCUACUUUGGCAACGAAGCUUGGUGUGAGAAACAUAGCAUUCCUCGGCUCUGGGCUAUUGUUAACGAAUUACAUUGGUGCCGUAGUUGCAGCAAUAUACAUGCCCCAAGCAUUCAGGAGCAGCUUGAUGAUACCUGUACAUGUCAUCUUAGCAUUGUGUUUAGUUUUCCAGGCAUGGUUGUUGGAAAGAGCAAAUUACACUAAGGAAGCAAUCUCAGGAUACUAUAGAUUCAUAUGGAAUCUUUUCUAUGCAGAGUACAUCGUCUUUCCUUUCAUCUAACAAGUACUUGAUAAAGGUUUAUGUUCCAGAAUCUUUACGUAGAACCUCAAAGAAAUUUAAAUUUUCUCUCUGAUUUGCAAAGGAGAACUGUACAGAAAUGGAAAAAUUAUUUUUAUCCAUUUGUUGUAUUUUAUUUUACUUUUUAUUUUUACUCUAGUAAUAAGAGCGAAUGUGAGGAUUGAGGAGCUUAGGGUCAGCUGCUUUGGAGGGUUUGUUGGUAAUUUUAUUUGAGUUAUUCUUUUUCAUUGGUUACCCCACACAAACAAGUGCUACGGUGAUUCAUAAAAGUUUACCCUUUUUGGGACUCGUA